AUGGAGCAAUCCAAUAAAGAACAUCGAAAGAAGAAGGAAAGCUCGACGGCUAAGCGUAAAUUGCACACGCAAGGACACAAUGCCAAGGCUUUUGCAGUGAGUGCGCCAGGGAGGUUGGCCAAGACCAUUCAACGGACCAGUGAUGUUAAUGAGCGGAAACUGCACGUACCAAUGGUGGAUCGUACACCUGAGGACGAUCCUCCCCCGGUCAUUGUCGCCGUGGUGGGCCCUCCGGGAACGGGGAAAUCGACUCUUAUCAAGUCGUUGGUUAGAAGAUUGACGAAGACAUCUCUUUCUGAGAUCAAUGGUCCGAUUACAAUCGUUUCGGGCAAACGCAGACGUCUCUCGAUAUUAGAAUGUCCUGCAGAUGAUUUGAACUCAAUGAUCGACAUUGCGAAGAUCGCAGAUCUGGUGCUCUUGAUGAUUGACGGGAAUUUCGGUUUUGAAAUGGAAACGAUGGAGUUUUUGAAUCUUGCGCAGCAUCAUGGUAUGCCGCGUGUCAUUGGUAUUGCAACGCAUCUGGAUCUUUUCAAAUCUCAGUCUACGUUGCGUGCCUCUAAGAAAAGGUUAAAGCAUCGGUUCUGGACCGAAGUGUAUCCAGGAGCAAAACUGUUUUAUCUCUCAGGUGUGCUGAAUGGUCGUUAUCCGGACCGUGAGAUUUUGAAUCUUUCGAGAUUCAUAUCUGUGAUGAAAUUCCGGCCGCUGAAAUGGAGAAACGAGCAUCCUUACUUGCUUGCCGAUCGUGUGACUGAUAUCACCCACCCAGAGGUAUUUGAGAAACAGGGGAAACAAGUAGAUAGGAAAGUUGCCAUUUAUGGGUACUUACAUGGUACGUCUCUUCCCUCUGCGCCCGGAACUCGGGUCCAUGUUGCCGGCGUGGGAGAUUUCUCUAUAGCAAGUGUCGAAAAGCUUCCUGAUCCCUGUCCUACUCCUUACUUUCAGCAAAAAAUGGACGAUUUGGAACGUGAGAGAAUGAAGGAAGAAGGUGCUUCCGCAGCGUUGCCGCGCCGUCGCAAACGGCUAGACGACAAGCAGAAGCUAAUUUACGCGCCAAUGUCGGAUGUAGGUGGUGUUCUCAUGGACAAAGACGCUGUAUACAUCGACGUGGGAAAAUCUAGAGACGGCCAAGGUCCUAGUUUUGUCGCAGGUGAGGAGAAAGGCGAGGGCGAAAAACUAGUCACCAGUCUUCAAGCCGCAGAGAAGAGUAUUGGAGAGAGUUUCGAUAAUGUGGGCUUACAGAUUUUUAGCAACGGGCAGGAAUUACGGGAAGCUCCAGAAGAAGAGUCGGAGGACGAGUCAUUAAAUGAAGAGGCGACACCUCAAGGCGAUGAAGGGAGAAAGUUCCUAAGAAACCCGAGAGUUUAUGGAAAAUCUAUUCAAGAGGCGGAUGAUGAAAUUGAUAAUCUCCGCUCUGACGACGAAAUUGAUGAAGAUAAUGGUUCAAAAAAUAUCUCCUCGAAGUUUGCUGAGGACUUGGAAGGGGAGGCUGAUGGCAAGUUGGAUUUUGAAACGAGUUCAGAGUUUGAACUCACUGAUGAUGAAAAUGAAGACACGUAUAGGUCUACCGCUAUCAAACUGAAUGGCAAUGGGUCUCUUGCACGCAAAUGGGAUAUUGGGAAACUCAUCUACAUGGAGAACAUUAAUCCUUCCGACUGCAUAAAAAGGUGGAGAGGAGGAGAGGAAGCCCUCUCUGAAGGUGGUGACGAGGAGGAGGAUGGCGAUUUCUUUAAAAAAAGUGACGUUUCGAAAAGCUCGUCCGCAAGUGACGAGGAUGAUCUGGAGAAGUUCAAGCCUCAUUUUGAUACCUUCAAUAACCUUGUUGCCAAGUGGAAUUCAGCCGAAGGACUCAGACGCCGGUUUAUUGGUGCUCCUAAAGUCUCUGACGUGGAUCAAGGAAACGCUAGCGGAGACAGUGAAGGCGAUGAGGAAGAGAUGUAUGGUGAUUUUGAAGAUUUGGAAGCCGAUAGUGGCGAGGCUGAAAGUCAACAUCAAGAGGAUGAAGAUCAAGUUUCAGAUGAAAACGAGUCCGAGGAUUCGUUCGCGGAUUUUGAAGAAGAAGAAAAAACUAAUGAUUCCACGCUGAAGGAGCGUGAUGCAAACGCAGCCAAAAAGGAGGCGCUUCGCUUGCAGUUCGAGCAAGAAGAGGGUGACAACUUCAAUGAAAAUGAUCCUGAUAACGAAUAUGACACCUGGUAUGAACUUCAAAAGGCAAAGAUGGCCAAACAGUUGGAAAUCAAUAAUGCAGAGUUUGCUUCAAUGACAUCGGAGCAACGUCAAAAGAUCGAAGGAUUUAGGGCUGGUUCAUAUGUCCGUGUCGUUUUCCAGGCCAUACCGAUGGAAUUUAUCGAAAAUUUCAAUCCGAGUUUCCCAGUGCUCCUUGGUGGCCUUCUGCCCACAGAAGUCAAGUUCGGAAUUAUCACCGCCAAGGUUAGACGCCAUCGUUGGCAUAAGAAGAUUCUCAAAACUAAUGACCCGCUUGUCUUGUCUCUUGGUUGGAGAAGAUUUCAAACGCUGCCGAUUUAUACAACCAGUGAUUCGAGAACAAGAAACAGAAUGCUGAAAUAUACGCCGGAACAUGCAUAUUGUACUGCUAGUUUUUAUGGACCCUUAUGCUCCCCCAACACCACCUUUUGCGGUGUUCAAAUUGUAGCCAACAGCGAUACCUCCGGUGGAUUCAGAAUUUCCGCCACGGGGAUUGUCUCGGAGAUUGACGCUACGGUAGAGAUCGUUAAGAAAUUGAAGUUGGUCGGUUAUCCAUACAAAAUCUUCAGGAACACCGCCUUUAUAAAAGACAUGUUUUCGAGCGCAAUGGAAGUAGCUAGGUUUGAGGGCGCUCAAAUCAAAACCGUGUCCGGCAUAAGAGGUGAAAUCAAAAGAGCUCUUUCGAAACCUGAAGGGCACCUCAGAGCUACCUUUGAGGACAAGAUUUUGUUAAGCGACACUAUUAUCUUAAGAACUUGGUAUCCAAUUCAAGUAAAGAAGUUUUACAAUCCUGUUACAUCGUUGUUACUCGAAAAUAAAACUGAAUGGAAGGGCCUAAGGCUCACGGGUAAAAUAAGGGCUGAUCUUGGCGUGGAAACGCCAUCAAAUCCAGACAGCGCCUAUAAAAAAAUCGAGCGUGUUGAAAGGCACUUCAAUGGCCUCAGGGUUCCCGUUUCUGUACAGAAAGAUCUUCCUUUCAAAUCUCAAAUACAUCAAAUGAAACCUCAAAAGAAGUCUACCUACAUGGCUAAGAGGGCAGUUGUUUUAGGAGGGGAAGAAAAGAAGGCUCGUUCUUUCAUGCAGCAGGUGUUCACGCUUUCUAAUGCCAAAGAAGAAAAGAAGAAGGCCAAAAAGCAGGUUGAGAGACGGGAAAGAUUAAAGAAAUUGGCACAGAUCGAGGAGGACAGAAUUGACAAGGAGAAACAUCGUAAAAAGGAGUAUUUUUCAAAGCACGGUAUCAAGCGUUCAUCGAAUCAAGAUGGCGGAAACGCGAGCGGCUCCAAGAGAAGAAAGUAA